AGGAGCUUCUCUGCUACGUUAAUUAAUAGACGCUCAAGGAGGAAUAAUCACCCUAUGGCGUCCAAGUCCGAGGCGAACUAUAAGUUUCCUUCUUAGUUAUACUUACAGAGAGGUUGAAUUCCCACACCAUGUACUCACUUUAGAAAUUGCAAGCGACACGGAAUGCAUAACGGUCCUUUGGACAACGUGUAGUAUGUCCAAUUUUUGUUUUACUAGGUGUAUAUAAGCUAUACAUCAAAAAAGAAAUACAGGAUUCAAUAACAUAUAUGUAGUUGACUGGAGAAGUUUUUGACACUGUGGGAGACAUGUAUAUGUAGAGAAAGAUAGGGAAGGGAGAGGGCUGUACAAUCUGCCUGAUCAACGGUUUUUGGCAGUUCAAAUAUUUGGUUGUCUGUUGCUGUUUGAGGUUAGAAGGAUGUUUAGUAGCAAUGUAACCUUGUAACUUCACUGCAAGGCAGGUCUUAUCCUUAAAAAAUACGAAAAUAUACUGUUUUUAGUAUGUCUGUAUCGUUACCUUUCAUGGUUUCAAGUUAAGAUUCCUCUGUCAGACAUUGUUCAGUGGCAUUCGUGAUUCUUAAGGAACUUUUAUUGUCUGUUUGAGCUUACUCUCAUUACGUCUUUCUCACAGAUUUCAUCUCACUCAGGAACUCUUAUCCCACCUUUCUGUUUCUGGAGGAUCCAACCUCUUUAAGGAAGGCAGAUUGACAAAGCUGAUAGGGUGGGGAUAAUUUAAUACUCAGAUCCCAUCAAGCAUCUCGCCGCCGCCCCCUUUCCGCCGUCCAAUCACCCGAUAAGACCAUCGGCGUUGUCUCUCCGUCAAAGCAGCCGCAACCAGAAAAGAACUUCUACGAUUGUCGCCGCCAUCGGAGACGUCUCCGCUGACGGCACCACGUAUUUGAUCGCCGGCGCCGUCGCUGUGGCUCUCGUUGGUACCGCCUUCCCUAUACUCUUCUCUCGCAAAGACCUGUGCCCGGUAUGCGACGGCGCAGGGUUUGUCCGGAAGUCGGGGGCGGCGCUGAGGGCGAAUGCCGCUCGUAAAGACCAAGCUCAGAUCGUUUGUUCUCGUUGCAAUGGCCUGGGCAAGCUCAAUCAAGUGGACAAAUAAAUUACUUUAUUUUAUUUUAUAUUUUCCGCCCUUUCCUAAUGUGACUGUAAUAUAAUAUUAAAAUAUAUUAUAAGUCUAUGUACCUUGAGCUUAUAAUAUAUUUUAAAACCAUACAUUGUACUAAAAUCUCAUGAUUUUAAUUCAGAAACCUUCCAGUUAUUAAUUUAAUGAUUUUGCUGAUCUGGCAGGCAAUAUCCACGUGUCAACUCAACGUUGACUCUGGGAAGAAGUUUCUCAAAGGAUUUCAAAGAUUUUAUGAACAAUCUGUUCUAAUAAACCAAAACAGAGCACACGAAUUUCCUCAGAUUCAUUUCACUCUGCUUCUUCCGACAGCCCCAAAAAACUUGGAAUUCCAAUUUUCUAGGAAGCAAAGAAGAACAAAAUGAGGGAUUAUUGUAUAAGUUUAAAUCCCUUGAACAACCCAUUUCUCAAAUAUUGUUUCUCUUUCUUCUUAAUUUCUCUGGUUUUUGUCUUUCAAAAUCCAUUACUCUGUUUCUCAUUGAACCCAGCCCUUAUUUUGCCCCUCAAAACCCAGGUGAUUCCGCCUGAAUCCGUCCCGCGAUCUCCCGACAAGCUCCCUUUCCGGCAUAACGUCAGCCUUACUGUCUCUCUGACUGUCGGAACGCCGCCGCAGAAUGUCACGAUGGUCAUCGACACUGGCAGCGAACUCUCAUGGCUCCACUGUAACAGAUCACAAAACUCCUCUUCUUCAUCUUCAACAUUCAACCCAGUCCAGUCCUCUUCGUACACUCCUAUCCCUUGUUCCUCCUCCACGUGUACCGACCAAACAAGGGAUUUUCCGAUUCCGGCAUCGUGUGAUUCAAAUCAGCUCUGUCACGCUACUCUGUCUUACGCCGACGCCUCUUCUUCAGAAGGAAAUCUCGCCGCCGAUACGUUUUACAUCGGAAAUUCCGGUAUUCCAAAUGUCGUUUUCGGCUGUAUGGAUUCAAUUUUCAGUUCCAACAAUGAAGAAGACUCCAAAAACACCGGAUUAAUGGGUAUGAAUCGUGGAUCUUUGUCUUUUGUUUCUCAAAUGGGUUUCCCCAAAUUUUCAUAUUGCAUAUCGGAAUAUGAUUUUCCCGGUUUGUUAUUACUCGGAGAUGCCAAUUUUUCAUGGUUGGCUCCGUUGAAUUACACUCCAAUGAUCCAAAUAUCCACGCCAUUGCCGUAUUUCGAUCGAGUCGCUUACACGGUUCAAUUGCAAGGAAUCAAAGUUUCCAACAAGUUACUUCCAAUACCGGAAUCGGCCUUCGAACCGGACCACACCGGCGCCGGUCAGACCAUGGUCGAUUCAGGCACACAGUUCACUUUCCUUCUGGGGCAAGCUUACACCGUUCUCCGAGACGAGUUCCUGAACCAAACCGCCGGUUCGCUUCGUGUUUCCGAGGAUCCGAAUUUCGUUUUCCAAGGAGCCAUGGAUCUUUGCUACCGAGUUCCAACGAAUCAAACCCGUCUCCCGCCGCUGCCGGCGGUGACGCUGGUGUUUCGCGGCGCCGAGAUGACAGUUACCGGCGACCGUAUUCUGUACAGAGUGGCCGGAGAAAUAAGAGGGAACGAUACGAUUUAUUGCUUUACAUUCGGGAAUUCAGAUCUUCUGGGCGUUGAAGCGUACGUGAUUGGGCAUCUCCAUCAACAAAACGUGUGGAUGGAAUUCGAUCUGAAAAAAUCGCGGAUCGGGUUGGCGGAGAUCCGGUGCGAUUUAGCGGGUCAGAAAUUGGGCAUGGGCCUGUAAUGUACAUGACCCGGGCUCAUUUGAUGGAAGCGUUUUAACUAUCGGGGUGGGCUCAGCACUUGAUAUUCAUUAAAAUCUAACGGGCUUUCGUGUGUAGUCGUAGGUCCAUACUGUUAUGGUGGUCCUUCAGCCUUUAAUACCGUCCGUGUGUGGGUCCCCCUUACCAUCUGUUUUAUUUAAAAAAAAAAAACAAAAAUGAGUUUGAUCUGACGGGUGUAGUGCGUUUGAGUGAGCUGCGAUGUCGCCACGUGUAAGAAUAGAUUUUCUUUUCUUUUUUUCUU